AUGUCAAGCGAUACUAAGCCUAAGGUAGAUCCGUUCCAUUCUUUUCUUGCUGGGGCAAUUGCCGGUGCAAUUGAAGCUUCGAUUACUUAUCCAUUUGAAUUUGCGAAGACCAGACUUCAAUUGAUCGAUAAAUCAAGCAAGGCUUCUAGAAACCCAUUGGUCUUGAUAUACAACACAGGGAAGGUCCAUGGGAUAUCGUCUAUCUAUGUUGGUUGUCCGGCCUUUAUUGUUGGUAACACAGCGAAGGCGGGUAUAAGAUUUCUUGGUUUCGAUACUAUCAAGAAUCUUCUUCGAGACAAGAAAACUGGGGAACUAAGCGGUUUCAGAGGAGUCAUCGCUGGUUUAGGUGCCGGUUUGUUGGAGUCUGUGGUUGCAGUGACUCCAUUCGAGGCAAUCAAGACGGCGUUGAUCGAUGACAAGCAGUCCGCUACUCCGAAGUACCAGAAUAAUGGCAAAGGUAUGCUUCGCAACUACGCGAAACUUAUCUCGGACCAGGGCUUCAUAGGUUUGUACAGAGGUGUUUUACCGGUUUCUAUGAGACAGGCUGCGAACCAGGCCGUUAGAUUGGGUUGUUACAACAAGAUUAAGACGAUGGUCCAAGAUUACACAAAUGUUCCAAAAGACAAGCCGCUAAGCUCGGGGCUUACUUUUAUAGUAGGGGCGUUUAGUGGGAUUGUGACUGUAUACACGACGAUGCCUAUCGAUACCGUGAAAACCAGAAUGCAGUCUUUGGACUCUACUAAGUAUACGUCCACCAUUAACUGUUUUGCAACCAUUUUCAAAGAAGAGGGUUUGAAAACCUUCUGGAAAGGUGCCACCCCUCGUCUAGGAAGAUUGAUCUUGUCUGGUGGUAUCGUGUUUACCAUAUACGAGAAGGUUUUGACCAUCUUAGCAUAA